UCUCGCCCCCUCUCACAAAAUCCCUAAUCUUAAACUUGUGCAUAAGAGCUUCUCCUGACUCUCCCCAAACACCCCUAUUGUAUACAACCCUAGUCACCCCAUGGCCCAACAACGAAACACAGUCGUUUGGCAGAUCCUCGGUGAGCGAGCCAAUUCAAAACCAGUAACGGCUGCUUCCCUAUUUAUGAAGCCGGUAAAAACCUAAUUUUGGCGCGCUCUCUCUUCUCCCUCUCUCUCUUUCUCUCUCCAAAUAUGCAAAAAUCCAGCGCAGAAUACACAAUUCUCGUCUGUCCGCAUGAAAAAUCAAGGACCAGCUAAGAACCCAGAUAAGAUUCUUCUUCAUCGUCUUUAUUACCAUACCAUCUUAAGCAUUCUUCGUCCUCAUCAUCCCUCACCAGAAAAUGGUACCACGUGUUUUUCAACCUAUCUCUCUCUUCCUCCUUCCAUGUUUGCUCCCUCGCUCUUAUCCAAAACCCAGCAAUAAAAAUCCCCUCGCUUUGCUGUCGAGAGCUGCGCAGAAAGUUCAGUUUUCUGGGUUGGUCUUUUUCUGAGCAAUGGCACCGAGGAAUAGGUGGCUUCAGAUUCCUGAAGGUUGGGAGUUGGAUAAAAGAGAAGGGAAUCAUGUAAAGGGCUUCUUCUGUCCCAGAACAGGCCAAUCAUUUCUAACGUUUGAACAUCUUAUGCGCUAUAUGAGAUGGGUCGACUAUUAUGCUGAUUCCAAUGCCAAGAAGCCGUAUGCCAAGAAGCCGAACAAUGGAGCAAUCUUUAAAUUUGGGGAAAAUCCUUCAUCAGGCCAGAACCCAAAACCAUUGAUGAUUGAACAAGGGUACACUGCAGCCUCGACUCAAAAGCCAGAUCCAAAUUUUCAAUUUGUUGCCAAGCCGAGCACUUCAAAGGCCAAGCACAAACAGCAAAGGCGAAAGUGACGGACACCGAUAUAGAUUGGAUCAUCUCAACAUGAGAGUCUUAAAUUGCACUGCUGCUAAACACAAAUUUGGCCAAUUUCAUAACCCUAUCGGUUGUGCUUAUGUUUGAACUUGGAUAUGUCCACCUUAUUCCGUGAUGAUUAAACCUUGAAAUCCCUUACAAUAGUAGGCUUUCCUAUC